UUUAAUAAGGUAUCCUCGUGUGAUUACACCAUAUCGACAAAUUAAUAACAUAUAUGAACUAGAUAAUUCUACAAUGUCCUUGUAGCACAAACUGUUCAUCAUCAGUUAUCCCCCAGAAUGAAAGAACAUGCGAAGAUACAGAUUAUGGGUUGGCAUAUUUUUUUUCAUGUCUGUGAUGGUAAACAUUAUUUGGUUGACGUGGACAGUCAGUCAUUUGAACCCCAGUACAAAUACUGAAGUAUACGGAUCAAACAAACCUGAAUUUCAAAUUUGUCCCAAUGUGAGCGUUUUAGCGGAUAUCAUUUACUCACCGUCUGUCGUUUUUCAGAAAUGUGCAAAUAUCAAGAUUUAUCCUUAUGCUUUCGUCAUGUUGAAAAAUGUUGUGAUAAAUCCUACUAAAGCUAAAAUUAAAAAAGGAGGAGAAGAUUUAACCAACGUCAUAGGCCAAGAAGCAGACGAAGAAGAGCUUCAGCCUCAACUAGGUUACUUUACGAUUCAAUGUGAUUUCGAGCAAUAUAAAAAAGUGACGAAUGAACACUUUGUGUUUCUUAACGACAUGAAUCGUCGGUGGAUGCAGGUAGUUGCAAGACAGGAUGGGAUGUUGAUGUUUAACGAAACUAAAAAUACUUUGACGAUCGCCGUCCACCGAAUCGAAUAUGCCAACUUAUACCACGCAAUGACGGAAUGGUACAAUGUAUUUUUGGUCGCUUAUGUCUUUCGAAAACUAAUUAAUUGCCAAAUUAAUGUAUUGUUUCUUGAUGGUCACCCGUAUUCUGAUUUAGAUUUUACAUGGUCGACGCUGUUCGGAAAAGUUACCAGAGCAUCUUUUAUCAGACAACCAACCUUAUACCGUUACUUCAUUUUGGCGGGAAAUAAUAGCCCAUUGAACGACCAUAAAUCAAAAAGCUUGCCAAUGGUUGAAUCAUUCAGAAACUUCUUUCUACAAAAACAUGGAAUAACCGAAACAGUGACUAAAAACUGUAACCAUCUUAAUAUCCUUUUUAUAUGGAGACACGACUAUGUUGCUCAUCCGCGAAACCCAACUGGGAAACUCAAAAGAAAAAUCAAAAAUGAAUUCGAACUUCUAGAAAAUGCUAGACGCUUUUUUCCAAAUCAUAAUAUCGAUGGUAGGCAAAUGGAUAAAUUAAAUUUGAAGGAACAACUAUUUCUGAUUUCAAAAACUAAUAUUCUUAUUGGAAUGCAUGGAGCCGGUAUGUCACAUGUAUUUUUCCUGGAACCCGGAUCAGGAGUAAUUGAGUUGUUCCCAAAAUAUGCUCUUCCUUCGAAUAUACAUUUCAAAGCAAUGUCGCGAUGGCGAAAACUAUUCUAUACCUCAUGGCAAAAUGUACAAACUUGGAAUGAAUUUGAGGAUGGAAGUACAUAUAUUCAACCAUCAGUGAUCAAGUAUUUGAUUCGACGAAAAAUCGCAAAAAUAUGUAAUUGAUUGAAAACUAUUUUAUAAAGAUGUAUGGUAAAUACAAUUGAAAAUGUAUGUGGCAGUUCUUACAAAGAUACCAAAUUACGAUAAUACAGUAUCUCAAUGCCAUUUAUAGUAGUUAAAUGUUGAAGAUUGAGCAGGAAAUUCAACUUAAAAUUGAGAAUGAAAAUGUGGAAUGAGUCAAAGAGACAAUAACCCGACCAUAGAACAGACAACAGCAGAAGGUCACCAAAAGGUCUUCACUGCAGUGAGAAAUUCCCGGAACUUUUUUACUUGCAAAUGCCUGUCGAUCUUUAUGUUCACAUGAGUACCUGUAUUUUUUAACGACUUUAUACAAGCAAGUGAAUUACGUUCCUAUAUUACAGUCUCUGUUUACAAGAACAGUGGCCAAUACUGUAUAUCUAUUGCAUUUAUUUGAUUUCCUUUAAAAUGUCAG